UUCCCCCGGAUACUGGUGAUGGAAAACCGAAGCAAAAUCAGUGACCUGCUUCAAAGUGCCCUUGGCAGCCUUCUUCAGGAAGACUUCAAAAGAUUUAAAGACAAACUAUCACACUUUGACUUUGAGGGGAAAGGUACCAUCCCUCUAGGUGAGCUGGAGAAUGCCGACAGAACAGAUACGAAGAACCUCCUGAUGAAAUUCUAUGGUGGAGACGCUGCAGUAAAUGUAACCAUAGACGUUUUCACUCAGCUCAAUCUCAGAGAGGCUGAUGAAAAGCUCAGAGAAGAAAGAAAGAAAGUUUUAUCACAGGAAAAGGAGAAAACAGCAAAAGUUGAAGAAACAAGAGGGAACGACAGACGAUGGGAUCUGAGACCAUGUGCAAAGAUACGUCAUGCCAAGGAGCAGGGAGUUGAUAAUCCCUCUCUGAAAGGCUCUGAUUACCAGAAAAAAUAUAGAGAACAUAUACUAGAAGAAUACCAAGUAAUAGAAGACAGGAAUGCUCGCCUGGGUGAAUAUGUGAGUCUAGACAAGAGAUACACAAAACUGCUUAUUGUAAAGGAACAUUGGCAGCGGAAGGAGAAAGAACAUGAAAUAAUCACCAGAGGAAGGAAACACGCAGAGCUGAUGGCUCACCAGACCAGUCUCACUACCGUUAGUGUUUUAUUUGACCCUGACAGAAAUCGGGAAAGCCCAAGAACUGUUGUGCUGCUGGGAGCUGCUGGAAUUGGGAAAACAAUGACAGCAAGAAAGAUCAUGUUGGACUGGGCAGCUGGAAAACUCUAUCAGAAAAAGUUUGAUUAUGUUUUUUAUAUAAACUGUAGAAAAAUUAAUCUUGUUACUGCACAGCAAAGUAUGACUGAUUUGCUUUUAAAUAAUUUUCCUGAUGGCGUAAGACCAACUAAAGAAAUCUUUGAGAAGCCAGAAAAACUCCUGUUUAUAAUAGAUGGUUUUGAUGAACUGAAUUCUGUGCUAAGUAUGGAGGAAGUUAGUCUGUGGUCUGACCCAUUUGAGAAGAAUCCAGUGAAAACUGUACUGUGCAGUUUAUUGAGAAAGAAAGUUCUUCAAAAAUCCUUCUUACUGAUCACUUCAAGACCAACUGCUCUGGAGAAACUAAAGCAGAAUUUGAAAUUUCCAUGUUAUGCAGAGAUAAGGGGAUUUUCUGGAGAUGACAGGAAAGAAUAUUUUCAUAAAUUCUUUGGUGAUGAAAAGAAAGCAACACAAGCCUUUAAUUUUGUCAAAGAAAAUGAAAUGCUCUUCACCAUGUGCUUUGUCCCCAUUGUGUGUUGGAUCAUCUGCACCGUUAUGAAGCAACAGAUGGAAAGAAAGGAAGAUCUUGCACAAACUUCAAAAACAACCACAUCAGUAUAUUUGCUCUUUCUGACCAGUUUACUAACUGAUCAUUUCACUGACUCAGUGCAACAGUCUAAAACUACUCUGUGGAAGCUUUGCUCAUUGGCUGCAGAUGGAAUUUUAGAACGGAAAAUACUGUUUGAAGAAGGUGACCUGAAGAAACACAAUUUAACCUUGUCUACCAUUCACACUCUCUUUCUGAAUAAAAGUAUUUUUCAGAAAGAUACAGAAUGUGAAAGUGUCUACAGCUUCAUUCACUUGAGUUUCCAAGAGUUUUUUGCAGCUCUGUUCUAUGUGCUAGAGGAAGAUGAAAAGACAAUGAAAAAAUCAUUGUCUUCUAAGAAAGAUGUGAACAGCUUGCUAAAAAUUUAUGGACCAUCUAAAAAUAAUUAUUUGAUGUUAACAGUACGUUUCUUGUUUGGUCUCUUAAAUAAAGAGAGACUAAAUGACAUGGAGAAAAAAUUACAUUGUAAAACAUCAUCUGCAAUCAAGCUGGAUUUAUUGAAGUGGUUUGAAGCAGAAGCUAAAAAAAUCUCCUCUCUGCCCUAUAAGGGCUCUGAGGACCAGCUUGAGUUGUUUCACUGUUUGUAUGAGAGCCAGGAAGAAGAGUUUGCAAAAAGUGCAAUGGAUAAUUUCCAAGAAAUUAGAUUGGAACACAUCAGGCUUUCAACAAUGGAUGAAAUUGCUCUUUCAUUCUGUGUAAAGAACUGUUGUAGUAAGCAGUCACUCUACCUGUGUAAUUGUACGCUUGGGAUUGGAGAACGAGAAGAAGGAUGGAUAGCAAAGCUACGGAAAUGGUUAUUUCCUCUGAACCCAGGGAUUAAAGAUCAGAGAACUUCAACUGCAUACUCAUUGUUAAAAGGACUGAAGGAUCCUAACUGUAGGCUAAAGACAAUAUCCUUGUCCAGCUGCAAACUCUCAUCUGCUUUCCCCGAGCACCUCUCCCCUAAGAUGCUCUUUACAAACUGGUCCCUGGAAAAGCUGGAUCUGAGUGCUAACACACUGGGAGACUCAGGACUGAAACAUCUGAGUGAGGGACUGAAACAUCCACACUGUAAACUGCAGAUACUGCUGUUGUGGCAGUGCCGUCUCACAGCUGCUUGCUGUGGCGAUCUCGCUGCUGCCCUCAGUACAAAUCAGUCCCUGACUGAGCUGGAGCUGAGUGGGAAUAAACUGGGAGAUUCAGGAAUUAAAGUUCUGUGUGAAGGACUGAAACAUCCCAGAUGUAAACUGCAAAAAUUAGUGGUCUGGGAUUGCCAUCUGACUGAUGCUUGUUGUGGAGCUCUCUCCUCUCUGCUCAGCACAAACCAGUCCCUGAGAGAGUUGAACCUGAGCAGUAAUAAGCUGAGUUAUUCAGGAGUGAAGCUUCUGUGUGAAGGACUGAAACAUCCAAACUGCCAGUUACAGAAGCUCGACUUGUCUGAAAACCACAUAGAUGAAAGAACAACCAUGGAGUUAGACAUUUUGCAGAAGAUAAAACCUGGUUUGUCGAUUGUGCAUAAUGCAGCAUUGAGCCCUGAGAGCCUAGGUGCAAAGCGAAGCUGGAUGGCAUUGCUUCUAUCUCAGCGCCAUACAUACACCUCCAGAGUGUGGUCUGGGAUUGAAGAAUUUCUGUGGUAUAUUUUUGUGUUGCACUGGGAGAUUGGAUUUUUUCUGCUGUUAAGCAUGGCUACAUAUUGGCUUCUCUGAUUGAUAAAUAUUUAAGAAACUGAAACACAAGGCCGUAUAGAGGAUUAACUAAUCUUGAAACAGUUUUUGAUUCUCUUAAAGAAAUCUUAAUGGUGUAAGAGGUGUUAAGUGGGAAUUGAUUUCCCCUUAAAGCUGUGGUGUCAAACACAUGGUCCAUGUGAUGUAUUUUGUAGCUGCAUCACAUACUCAGAUUCUAUAGAGUCUAAGCUUUCCUUAAUUCACUUUUUAAAAAUAACUUUCUUUUACAAAACCAUUGGGAGCGCCUCUCUUCCUGCCUCCAAAAUACCUCAGGGGCUCUACCAACCCUUACGGAACUUGGGGGCUCUCCAAGAAGUGGGGGCUUCUAUCCUUUGUACAGAUUCAGGGUUCUUUUUUCUCCCAAACAUUGGGACUCUGUGGCAGUAUGUAUUCCUAUGUUCACUCCUUUACUGGAAUAUGAUAAAUUUUGUACAAAGUAUGCCUUAUGCAGUAUCAUUUGAAAACUCAUAAUUUGAUGAUCAUUAUUAUCCUGGUAAAAUGUGUGUCAAUAUUACAUGUAAAGUGGUAAGAUUCCUCUGUAUGGUAUUAUUAAGACAAGAAACAGCCACACACCAGUCCCUCAGAGACCAAAGGAAUCUGAUUCUUCAGCCAGGUGUCAACAAAAUGAAAUGCAUCAUCACCUGUUUAAGUGGCCACUCUUCAGCAGGAAAGAGGAUGUGGGUGAAAAAUUUACAUCUUGACAAAGAAAGAGCUUGAGGUUCCCGUGUACAUACUUUCUACUUCCUGAACCUCAGCUGGAGAUGAUUCUCGAAGAAUAGAAAGAACUAUAGGAAGGGAGAGCAGACACUCUAUUGCACUGACAACACUUGAAGAACAAAGGAAGCAGCACUGGAUAGGGUCUGUUAGUGGAGCAGCGAUUUGAUGGUAGUGAGGUACAAAUCACCUGUAAUAUCCAGCCAAGCCUAAGAAGGAUUGGACCUGUUUCUUUGACUUUGGGACAAGCCACUUCUGGAUAGCAUUUCCUUUGGUCUGUAGGGGGUUGAUAAUUCUUUGACCCACCUGGUGUCCAAGGCUGAAGAAUUUCCUUCUCACAGGGGCUUGCUGUGAGGAUCUCGCUGCUGUUAUCAUCAGUGGGAGCCUGAUAGAGCUGGAGCUGGGUAUUGAUCAUCUGGGAGAUUCCGGAGUGCAGGUGCUGUGCGAGGGACUGAAGCACCCUGACUGCAAACUGCAGAGACUGGAGUUGUGGGGUUGUGUUCUGACAGCUGCUUGUUGUGGGGAUCUCUCCUCUGUUCUCAGAACCAGUCAGAACCUGACAGUGCUGGCGCUGGGGUAUAACAAACUGAGAGAUUUAGGUGUGCAGCUGCUGUGUGAGGGACUGGAACAUCCCAACUGCAAACUGCAGAAAAUAAACUUGGGCUAUCAGAGUGUAACUGAAGAAACACAGGCAGAGCUGGAUGCUGUGAAAGACACAAAACUUGACCUGGUUAUAGAGAUAUGGUAGGGCUGGUGAGUGGGAGCCAUUGAACCGGCAAAGCUCUGACCUGGCUGCCCUGCUACUAGCUGAGGGAGCAGCUGGGCAGAGGGAGAACACCUGCCCCUUUUCAGAGGAACUCCUGCAAUCCACAGGAACUGCAGCAGCAUAUGUAAAUAUCUGUAGCAGGGGAACUGAGCAGAGCUUGUCAGGCCCAGCCCCUCUGCCUGAUGGUGAGAGGCUCAGAAGCUGGGUUUGCUCAGUGCUGACCUUGGGAGGGGUAGUUGAUUUGGGGGAUGGGAGGAAGCAGGAGGGAGGAAGGGGAUCAGGGCCUAGAGGAAAGAGAGAUGAGAUCGAGGGGUCUGGUAACCUCCCUUUUUUCAGUCUCUGUCAGUGCAGGGAGGGAAACUCAAGAACCAUCAUUGGAUCCAGAGGGGAACUGUCCUCCUGCUACAAUGGUUCAUCCUAUUACAGACUUAUCUAUUUACAAAGGGGUUGUACUUUUAUACAAUUCCACAGCUGUUAAGUUGGCAUUUUCUGUAUCCAUCUCCAACAGAGGUUUAUCCUGGAUGUAUGUUUGUGUUAGUUUUGCUGUGGUCCA